ACUAAUCCGACGAGUAACAUAACAGAAUGUGCGAGAACAUAACCUAUAAAGAUCGUCGAUAAUUGGAAAAUUUGCUUGUUAAUUGUGCUUAUAUUUCCAAACUCGAAAGGACGAUUUAUUUUAUGAUAAAAACAAGUUGCAGAUAUGCCAAAGUAUUAUUGUGAUUAUUGUGACACGUAUUUAACGCACGAUUCGCCGAGCGUACGAAAAACUCAUUGCCAAGGACGAAAACACAAAGAUAAUGUUAAAUUCUUUUAUCAAAAAUGGAUGGAGGAACAAGCUCAGCAUUUAAUCGAUGCCACGACAGCGGCCUUCAAAGCUGGAAAAAUUGCAUCCAAUCCAUUUGCAGCAAAUAAAGGAGCAGCUAUACCUCCACCACCUAGUCUUGGGCCACGACCUGGAGUACCACCGCAAGGACCGCCAGGUAUGAUGCCACCACCUGGUAUGCAUCCUGGUGGACCGAUGGGUCCUGGUGGUCCUAUGAUGAUGGGUCCACAUGGACCGAUGCCUUCAAUGAUGGGUAUGAGACCACCGAUGAUGGGACCUAUGGGACCAAUGGGUCCGAUGAUGGGACCAAUGGGUCCUAUGGGACCAAUGAGACCACCUAUGAAUGGACCUCCACCACCUAUAAGUGGUCCUCCGCCAAUGAAAAAAUAAAAUUCACAAAGUGUCUAUUAUAUUUUGCAAGAAAUAUAUCCUAAAAGAUAUAUCGUAAAUAGAACGAUGUUACAGAACUUUGUGUUUAUAUGUUUGACUUUGUACAAACUGUGGUAUAAAGAAAUGCGAGAAACAUUGGUAAAAAUAUGUGACAUCUAAAUGGAAUAUACAAUGUCUAAAUAAUAAAUAUUUCUUUAAUAUGAAUCUACAUAUGAUAUUUUAUGAGCUGUGUAGUUAGUCAAUAAAUGAAUUCAAUGAUAAUUUAUCUGAAUCUUUCUCUACUUAAGCGAUAUAAAUAAAUAAUAAUUUAAUCGUACAAAAUACAAAUACUAUCUGUACUGUAUAGUUUCUUUAAACUUUUAUCAUUGGAACAAAAAUAUCGUAAAGUAUCUUUUAUUUUUUAUGCGUAUUCUGAAAAUUAAUAUUUUCUUAAAAGAUUCAUGUGACAAUACAAUCUCCAAUGUACCAGAUCCUAAUUAUAAGAGAAAUCAUCAUUGUGAUGAAUAAACAAAUAUGAUAAUUUCAAA